CUCUCUGCAUGGCUUGGGAGAGGGGUCUGGGGGCAUCCAGAGGGAAAUACUGAGUUAGCUGGAGGGAAACGGAUAGUACAUUUGACCUCGAAGGAUCUAUGAAACAGAAACGCUUUAUCGCCGUUUAAGGAAAGUUUUGGGGAUUGUGGGAAUGAUGUCAGGCGCAAGUGAGAUGUUGGCAGCGGCGUUGGAGAGGAUGGACGGCAUCAUCGCAGGCUCCAAGGCGAUGGAAUACUCUAACAGCCUGUUUGGGUUCCAGUCCCCAACGUCCCCGCUCGUGAGCGGGCUGCACACUCUGCACCUCCUGGAGGAGCUGAGGGGGAGUCUGGAGCUCCUGGACCCGGAGGAGCGGGAGGAGCUUCGCUGCCAAGUCCCAGAAUCCACUGCAGAAAGCCUGGCAGAGUGGUUGCAAGGGCCCCUGGAGAAUGGCCACCUCCCUCUCGGCAGUGUUGAGCAGUACCAGGAUAGGCUCCUUCGACUGGAGAGCGACAGGGAGUCUCUGGUACUGCAGGUGAGUGUGCUGACAGACCAGGUUGAGGUGCAGGGUGAAAAGAUAAGGGACCUGGAUCUGUGCCUUGAGGAACACAGAGAGAAGCUGAACUCCACAGAGGACCUCCUGCAGCAGGAGCUGCUCAGCCGGACGGCCCUGGAGAAGCAGAAGCUGGAGCUGCUGGCUGAGGUGUCGAGCCUGAAGCUCCAGCUGACCGUCCGGGAGAAGCAGGGCUGGGACUACGAGCAGAAGUCCAGGGACAGUGAGGGGCUGUUCCAAGAGCUCCUUCACCUGAGGAAGCGAGUGACAGAGAUGGAGCGUGAAAGAGAAAAAUGUGAAGACAAGCUGAAAUUCACCCAGGACGAGCUAGCUGCGCUGAACAGGCAGCUGGAGAACAGCGGCAGGGAGGGAAAGAGGCCAAUCAGAGAAGUCCGCUCGGAGGGUACGAAUGAGGAAGACUACGCAGAGGGCAGAGACGAAGGUGAACCUGUCAGUCCCUUUGUCUCUGUUUUGAAUCUACAGGACAGUGGUUCCUUGGUGCCGUUGUCCAGGAUUAACGUUUUUUUUGUUUUGUUUUUUUUUGGCCGAAAUGUAUUCUGUGGCUCAGAAGGAGUGCCUGCUCAGAAGAAGGGGAGGGAGAUGGAGUCUCUGAUGGCAGAGGGAGAAGAGAAGGAUCAUAGGAUCAAGGAGCUGCUGGUGGAGAUCCAGCAUUGCGAGGAACAGGAAACAGAGCCUGUGCUGCAGAAGACAGCCAAAGAUGACAACAGUGAUGAGGGCUGCCAUGGUUAUCCAGUCACAGCACCGACUGCUGCUCCUGUCGGCGUGGAAAUGGAGGAAUCCGCCCCACCCAAUGCGGAGACCACACAGCAACCAGAGCAGCUGCUACAAGCAUCUGGUCCUGUAGCCACCCCCAGAUCAGAAGACACCCCCAAAUCAGGAGACACCCCCAAAGUAGACCAGGCAGAAACAUCAGAGCGAGCAACAUUACACAGCGCUUCUCACCGUCCGGAGGCAGAGGUGCCAGGUGAGGUGCAGAAGGGAAGCUCUCAGGAGAGGGAGGAGGGUGAAAUUACCCAGGAGCACAGUCUUCUGCCCCAGCCCACUGCCCCCGCCCCCGCCCCCGCCCCCGCCCCCGCUCCCCAAGGCCCUGCGGAGGACAGCUUCGGCACCAGGAAGGUGCGGUCUUCAUUUGGGCGGGGAUUCUUCAAGAUCCGGAGGGGCAAGAGGACUGCCAGUGCCCCUAACCUAGAGAGGGAGGGGGAAGGCACGGCCCCACUGGACCUGGCGGGGGCACCAUGCCCGUCGCCAAGCAACAGCGCCCAAACCUUGCCCUGGAAGAAAUCCUUAGGCAUCAGGAAGUUUUUUGGGAGACUGAAGAGGAGUCAGUCAACCUCUUUUGCGCUGGAUGACGAGGUAAUGGGGGCCGAAUUUAGGAGGGGCGGAGUCAGGGCUACAGCAGGACCCCGCCUGGGUUGGGCUCACGACCUUCAGGGAGCCAACAAUGAGCUGGACGCGCCCUUUGCCAGGUGGUCGAGGGAGCAGGUCUGCGAUUGGCUGAAGGAGCAAGGCCUGGGCGUGCAUGUGGGCGUGGCCAGACAGUGGAUCACCUCGGGCCAGACCCUGCUGCAAGCCUCCCAGCAGGACCUUGACAGAGAGCUGGGGAUUAAACAUCCCCUGCACAGGAAGAAGCUCCAGCUGGCCCUGCAAGCGCUCGGCUCUGAGGAGGAGGACAACCAGGGCAAACUGCACUAUGGCUGGGUGACCACGUGGUUGGAUGAUAUCGGCCUGCCGCAGUAUAAGUCCCAGUUUGAGGAGGGGAGAGUGGACGGCCGGAUGCUGCAUUAUAUGACUGUAGAUGACCUGCUCUCCCUGAAGGUCGUCAGCGUGCUGCAUCACCUGAGCGUGAAGAGGGCCAUUCAGGUCCUGCGGCUGAACGACUACCAGCCCCACUGCCUAAGCAGACGGCCCUCAGAGGAGGCCGAUGUCUCCCCAGCGGAGGUGUGCUGCUGGUCCAAUCACAGGGUGAUGGAGUGGCUGCGUUCUGUGGAUCUGGCUGAGUAUGCCCCAAAUCUGAGGGGCAGUGGUGUGCAUGGGGCGCUCAUGGUCUUGGAGCCCCGCUUCACGGUCGAGACCCUUGCCCUUCUGCUCAACAUUUCCCCCAAUAAGACCCUUUUACGGCGCCACCUGGCAACCCACUUCCACCUGCUGGUGGGGACGGAAGCCCAGCGCGAAAAGCAGGAGCACCUGGAGUCUCCGGACUACGCACCCCUCACCGCCACCGCCAAGGUCAAGCCCAGGAAGCUGCUGUUCGGGGGUUUUGGGAGUUUGAGGAGGAGAAGACAGGAGGAGGUGGAGGAGUACGUCUGCCCCAUGGACAUGGAGACGCCCAGGAGCUGCAGUUUCCCGGGCGGCCGACGUCACCUGGACCCGCGGCUGUACGAGGACGAGCUGGACCGGCUCCAGCGGAUGGAGGACUCGGAGGGAACGGUGAGGCAAAUCGGAGCGCUCUCCGAGGGAAUCAACAACCUGACGAGCUUGCUGCAGAAGGAUCAGUUCCUGAGAGAGAUGGCCGCUGGCUCUCCUGUUGCCAGCCAGACGGAGGACUCCAGUGUGUGAGCGAACUGCUGGUGGAGAGAAUGGAACACGGUGACAGCGCAAUAUACCAGGGCUGCAAUACACCAGCGCUGCAAUACACCAGGGCUGCAAUAUACCAGAGCUGCAAUAUACCUGGGCUGCAAUACACCAGGGCUGCAAUAUACCAGGGCUGCAAUACACCAGGGCUGCAAUAUACCAGGGCUGCAAUACACCAGGGCUGCAAUAUACCAGGCCUGCAAUAUACCAGCGCUGCAAUACACCAGGGCUGCAAUAUACCAAGGCUGGAAUAUACCAGGGCUGCAAUACACCAGGGCUGCAAUAUACCAGGCCUGCAAUAUACCAGGCCUGCAAUAUACCAGCGCUGCAAUACACCAGGGCUGCAAUAUACCAAGGCUGGAAUAUACCAGGGCUGCAGUACACCCGGGCUCACCAAAGCUGGCCCUCUGGUCCUCAAAUUCAAAUCCGGCCCUGGUUUUCUUUCUUCCCAAGCCAUUAACUUAACAAUCGGUGCUACUGAUUGGCCAGACUGCCUUCACACCUGACUCCCAGGCAAAGGGAGGGUGGAAAACCAGCAGCUGUCGGCCCUGAGGGCCGUGAUUUGGUGACCCCUGCCGUACACUGUUUUCCUUCAGUAUUAUUAGUUGUAUGAAGGAAAACUACACCUGUGAAUAAAGCAUUGAUAAGGUGUGUCCCAUUGCCCUAUGGGUAACGCACAGGAUUAUUGUGCUUUUUUUAAAUUUUGUAUAUCGCAUUUUACAGAGAACUGUCGGAAAGACACUUUACAUAGUUCAUCAGGUCAACAGGCAUGACUGUGGUUCAAUGUCAUUUAUUGUGAAAGAAUAAAAUAACACCAUUUUUAAGAGAUUCAGUACAUCACAAUAUGUUUUGGUCGAUGUUCACAUACAUUUCUUAAAUGUUGCUUUUUAUAUUUUAUGUUAUAUGAACAUAUAAUUUCAAUUUGUUUUACAUUUCAGUGGCCAAUAUGAGUGCUUGGAUACAAAAUGUACGAAGCAUGUGAAAUACACAUGAUAAUGAACACUGAUCUAUUAUUUUUCCUAUAUCUCUAGAUUGCUACAAAUAUCAUUUUGUCUUUUAUACUGUAAAAUAUAUCCUUUUUUUAUUUUUAACAUUAUAUAUUUUCAGUAUUAUAAUGACAGUCAUCAAUAUUUUAUGAUGCAACUCUUGUUUUUUUAAUCUCACUAAAGCCAAUUUAUACUGACAGUUUUUAUGUAUUGAAAAGAAAAUAAAGCACUUUUCAACAGAA